CAAAGUGAGGUUGUUGGCGCGUGAGCUAGUGAAAUGCACUCGAUGAACGACCCCACAUCGGCCCUUGCAGGGAUGCUGCCCUUCGAAUCGAUCGGAUUGUACGAACAGCCCAAACCCAGGUUCAUUUUCAAGAUGCCGAGAGUGGUGCCCGACCAAAAGAGCAAAUUCGAGUCCGACGAGCUCUUCAGGAGGCUCAGCAGGGAGAGUGAGGUGCGCUACACUGGCUACCGAGACCGGCCCCAGGAGGAGCGCCAAGUGCGUUUCCAAAACGCCUGCAGAGAAGGACACACCGAGAUCGCGUUCGCCGCCACCGGCACCAACCUCCAGCUCGUUUUCACACCACCCACCACUGGAUAUAUGCCGGACAAAGAAUGCGAUUUUGAUAAAGAGCCCGGAAAGGUGCACAUCAAAGCGUCGUUCAUCAUGAACGGCGUGUGCGUGAGAUGGCGGGGGUGGCUGGACUUGGAGCGUCUCGACGGCGUCGGCUGCUUGGAGUACUGCGAGGAGAGGGCGGCGCAGGAGGACGCCCUCCUGCGGGAGCAGAUCGAGAGGUACAACCAGAGACUGAGGGAGUUUGAGGACAAGCAAAGAGGAUACAGACAACAGGACCGGCCUGACCAAGACCUAGAGUUGAGGAUGUCGAGCAAUCUGCACCAUGGACACCAUGGGCCCGUCUCGGCGCGCUGCCACGGACCCCCAAGGAAUGAGCGUCGAAUGACUUAAUGUGUUGGGAUUCCAAAGACCUAAUCGUCGUUCUUGUGAUAUUAAUUUAAAUGUUAGUGUUAUUUCGUGUAUACGAGCGCUCCAUCACCCCCAUCCCUCCUAAUUUGUCCCAAUUUCCAACAUAUCUCGAUAAAAUCCGUUCCGAAUUAAGUGAAUUACGCACGCUGUGUCGAUAUAUAACCGAGCAUAAAAUAAA